AUGCCGAAGAAGCAAAAGCGGGGUCGGGGGUCAUCUAAGAAGCCCGCGUCCGGGGCCGAAAACGGGCAGAGCAAGCCGAAGACCGCGGAGCGCCCGCUCAGCCCCGUGUCGCAAGCACUGCGGGCACGCUUCAACCCCGACGACGGGCCGACCGGCACGCGCGGGGGCUUCCCUCACCCUGAUGAAGUGCUGGACCGCCCGUUCCCCGAGGGCGGCCUGGCCGCGUACCUGGAGGCCGUGAUCGCUGCCGAUGCCGAGUUGGGGGAGAAGGAGCGCGCGCUGCACGAGGGGAGCAGUUCCCUGGACUCCAAGUCGGAGAAGGACGAAGAGGACGUGGACGCGUCGGGCUCCGAGGACGAGAUAGACCGGCACGUGGGCGCGGUGUUCGAGGAUCCGAGUGUUCCGGCGCACGUCAAGAUCGACACGUGGGCGGACGCGUACGUGCCGGAGGCGCUGAGGGCGACGUUCGCGGCGAUGGCGAAGACCGACCCGCGCGCGCUCAGGGACAUGUGGGCCAUCGCGGCCGCGGGGGGGGAGUUCGAGCAGUGGCAGGCAGUGCAGGAGAGGCGACGCGGCUGA